AACUGAGUGCAAGCAUUACAGUUGAGAACUUGUUGAGAAGUGGAACAGUUUUUAAUUCUAAACACCGGAUUGCUGUAACGUUUUCUUCAGUUUAAGACUUCAUUGACAUCGCAGAAAUGGAACAAACUUUAUUUCAGUCUAUUUUAGGCUUUGUCCUGCUUGUACAAGCAUUCGGAACACAAAUAAAAGAUAACAGGGAGAUUUGUCUGUUGCCCGUGGACGAAGGACCUUGUAGAGCUCUCCUACCUCGCUAUUACUAUAAUAGAUAUACUCAAAAAUGUGAAGAGUUCAGCUAUGGAGGCUGUGAGGGAAACGCCAACAACUUUGUCAGCUUAGAAAAUUGCGAAAAAACUUGCUGGAAGAUAAGAAAGGUCCCAAAAAUUUGUAGAUUGGAGCCUGAAGAGGGACCAUGCCGUGCAAUGUUGAAAACAUAUUUCUACAAUUUCACAGCAAUGGAAUGUCAAAUAUUAACUUACGGGGGCUGCUAUGGAAAUGAAAAUAGAUUUGUUGACAGAAAUUCCUGUCUCAACUAUUGUGAACCGCAGAAAAAGACACCUUCAAUCUGCAUUGGUCCAAUGGAUCAGGGAUCCUGUUCUGCUUCUAUAUCCCGAUAUUACUACAAUCCAGUCAUCAAAUCGUGUGUGGAAUUUACAUAUACAGGAUGUGGAGGGAAUGCCAAUAAUUUCUCUACCAAGCAGUCUUGCAAAUCCAUCUGCAUGAAAGAAACAAAGAGGAUGAAUUUAAGGAAGAUGAGAUGGAAACCCACUAGAAAACACAGUAUAAAAACAAUCUACUGAAUAUUAUAGGGCUACAUGACACGCUUUUGAUUCGUUUUUAAAAUGUUCAUUUAUAUAUAUAUAUAUAUAUAUAAUAAUUUCUACUUUGCAAUACAUAAUUCUAUUCAUAUGUAAAAUAAUACCCAACCACAUGUCACAGUAGCUUUUUGUUUUGUAUUUUUUGUUUGUUUUUUGCACUGGAUAAGAAAUGUUGAAUUUUCAUUUUAAACAAGUGGUGUAGUGUGGUUUUCCCUUGCUUUUAGAUUUAAAAAGGGAAUGUGAAAUGGUUUGAAUCCAAGGCAUUACAAUUCCAUGAAAGAAACUGAUGCAUUUUACAAUAAACAUUGAAUAUUCAGUUUCUAUUUGAAUGACUAUAGUCCACAUUUCUUCUAGAACCCCUUAACACUACCCUUGUAAUACAUGUGUACAAAAAUAGUUUCAUUGGAUCACUUCAGAUUUCAGAACUUUAAUAAUGUAUUUAUUGUACUGCUACUAUAUCAAUACUGUAUCUUUAAAAUGCAGUACAUGUUUAAUGUAUUAGUGUAUUUUUCAAUAUCAGUAUCAAAUAUCAAUUGAAAUACUAUUGUUAGUUAUACCUAAAGAUAUUGGCUAUAGAUAUUUCAUAGGUUAAACUCCCUUUGUUUUAAAAAUAUGUAAAAUGCCAAGGACUGGCCUCAGUAUUUAAAUAUGAAUUUAUUAUGUACCUAAACUAUAUGUGAAUUUGUGGACAAUUUUCAGUAUUAUACAUGCUCUGGUAUUUUUACAAAUAUAUAUUUUUAUUCAACAUUACAUGUAUGUAACUACAACCAACUUGUAUGAGCUUUUGUAAAUAAAAGUCUUGUCUUUUUUAUUAA